GGCUGAUGGUACCCCUAUAUGGGUCGCGUAUAAAACACCUGAAUGGCUCUUCUUCACUUAUUUGAGGUGAAGAGUAAAACACGGUCACAUAUUGCCAUUUCUCUUCUUCAGCCAUCGGUGUUCGGUGUUCUCGCGUUUACUUUUGUUUCACUUUCUCUACGGGUCAUUUGCUUAUCAAAGACAUUUAUGGAUGCUGUUUCGAUCGCAGUUCAGUGCUUAUAAGUGUGAUUUAUUUGUUGACAAGGAUACCUUGGAGAGAGGAUAUAUACCGCCGGUUCUGUUGUGUGAUUUUUGUUUGGAUAUUUUGUGAUUUAUUCAUAAGGUUAUUCAUGGAUGGUUGCAAACUCCUAGAGAUCCCUCAAAUAUCGCUAAAGAUCCGUGGGAACUGGAUGAUGUCCACAUAGAUUCCGUAUAAAUUCAACAGUAGUUCAACAACAAUAAAAAUUCAGGCGACAUGUUGAAAUAUAAGUACAUCAUCUACUUCAUUCUCGUAGUCACUUCUUCACUAUGCGAAGAACUCACAAAAAAAACUGAAGAGAAAGCAAGUUCAGAUGUCAAACCACAGGAGAACAUCAAACUACGUAGAUCUCUUCCAUACAGCAAAACAACACAGACUGAACCAUCCUUAGUAUCCAAACUAGGCAGUUGGCUAUUUCCAUCAAGAAGUUCAACCGAACAAAAGAAUGAUGAUCAAACUCCAGCAGCAGCAGGUUAUAGUGGACCCCACUAUCUCCCAGCACCUUAUGACGACUCUACAGGACUCGAACAGGAUUGCCACUCUUGUAAUCAAAUACCCUGGAUACCCGUUAUCGGGCAAAAACCCUUGGAAUAUGCCUCAUCAUUCGAAUAUUCCGGCCACCCUGAAAUACAUAGUGGGAAACUUUUCAGCGGUCCCGAAUACCAGUUUUCAUCACCUAGCGCAUCGUAUGAUUCACCAACACCACACUACAAUUCGAAAGCAAAUGGGCCACCAUCUACACAGCAACUGCCAGCUCCUGGUAAUCCGCCUGCCUUCAAGGACUCUAUAAACAUUCCAGUUAGUGGAGACAUAUUCAUAGCCGACUAUAUGUUACCACCCCCGAUCAACCUCAGAAUUCCUUCUCUAUCAUACGGACGCCCAAAAGAAACGUAUGGACUUCCCACGCCUACCUAUGGGCUUCCAAAACCAGUAUAUGGUGUUCCUCAGAAUCCAAGACCUUCUCCGCGUCCCUUGAAGCCAGUGUAUGGUCCUCCGAGUCCUCAGUAUGGGCCACCAUCGCCAGACUUCACUCCCACUCCGUCUCCUGGACUGGAUAUCAGGCUUCCCGUUCAACCAGAAUACGGCCCUCCUAAGCCCCAGUAUGGACCACCACCAGCAGACGGGGUUCUUCCUCCCCCAAGACCUACCAAUGGAUCAUUUCCCAACCCUCAAUACGGACCACCGAGACCAUUCCCUGAAUAUGGACCACCUCCAACUGGUGGUAAUGUUCCCCCUCCAAGACCUACUGAUGGAUCAUUUCCUAAUCCCCAAUAUGCACCUCCAAGACCAUUUCCUGAAUAUGGACCACCUCCAACUGGUGGUAAUGUUCCCCCUCCAAGACCUACUGAUGGAUCAUUUCCAAAUCCCCAAUAUGGACCUCCAAGACCAUAUCCUGAAUAUGGACCGCCUCCAGCUGAUGGUAUUGUUCCUCCUCCAAGACCUACCAAUGGAUCAUCCCCCAAUCCCCAAUACGGCCCACCAAGACCAUUUCCUCAAUAUGGGACACCAUCUAACGCAUUUAGGCCACCGAAUCAAUAUGGACCUCCUGCUAGACCUAGGCCGGUACCUCGUCCAGGAUAUGGACCACCAAACAGUAAUAUCAAUCCACCUGUCCCAAGACCACAAUAUAACAUUCCUCCCCAGUCAUCAUCCAACUAUUUACCACCACCGAACUAUGGACCACCCCCAGUUUCUGAUUACGGAGCUCCUCCACAACCUUCAUACGGUCCACCGAAUGUAACUCCUAUACCUGUCUUACUACCUCCCCCAGCAACUGGUAGUCCAGAACCGCAAGUUCAAUUUUUGCAUGUACCUUUCGAAAGCAUACCCACAGAUCAAGGCCAUUUCCAAAUAUCUUCUAGCGUUGAACCUCACAGUCAGUUGCAGUUGGCUUCCAGCGUAGAACCUGCUGAACAGAACCCAAGCUUCAUUCCACCUGCUGUGCCAUCAGAUAGCUACGGCAAUGCGGUGACAGGAGACAGUUUGCAGUAUACCCCUCCUACAGAUACUGUUUAUUCAUCUAGUAGUGACCGAGAUAUAGUACGGAAGCCUCCCAAUUUCUCGAAUUUCAAUCAAUUGCAGUACGAAUUCAGGAAUUAUAAUGAAGGCAUUACAUCCCAAAAUGCUGGAUAUCAAUCACAAAAUCAACAGAGCAAUAAUGUUGAGAUACAACCUAGUGUUCAGGUAGCUAACUAUUUGGCUUCAGUUGAACACCCAGUUAGUGUGGUACAAUCUCCACUGUUUGAGGUUUCUGUUAAAGACGAGCACCAUGGUCAAAAUUCUGAAGCAAGACCAACUUCUAGUUAUGAUUAUAUCAAUGAAGGUAGUCAAAAAGGCGAUGAUCACCUUUCUAACAAUCAUGCAUCUUUCAAACUAAGCGAGAAUCCGAUAGUUGUAGAGGAUACCUACACUGCUUCUAGCAAUAUCAACAGUUCAUUUACCAAUUCUAACGAUACAUAUGUGAAUCAAAAUCACAACUUCGCAGUAUCCUCUCUCGAUGAAUUGAAUGAUAUCAAGGCUACGAGUAGUGCGCAAGAUGAAGAAGAUCUCAUAAAAAAAUUGCUCUUGGAACAAGGCAUACUCGGAAAUCCUAGUGCUAGUAUAGUGGGAAUUCAAAAAGCUGAUCCAACCAGUGGAAAUUAUAAUUUCACGCCUCCUUCCACAGAUUAUGGCAAUUGGAUUCCAACUCAUGAUAACAGGGAUUCUCUGAGUACUUCAAUGGUUCCUCCAGCAGAGAACAUUAAAUCGAUCUGGCCACAACAAAAUACUGUGUCGGAACCACGAAAACCGUUGCAAAUCAUCGUACCGUAUACGACUAAUAAGCAACAAUGGCAUCUACAGAAUGAUUUGAGGAAAACAAGUGAUGGCUAUACUACUCUGAUACCUACUUACAUGCCUCCGAUGUCAACAGAAGAGUCAAACUGGUCGAAAUUCCUCGAAGAUUUCAAGUUGGCUCAGUCCAACCAAGCUACUGCCAGACCAUUCACGAAACCAACUACAGCUGUUUAUAACAUCAAGGACUUGCUGACAUCCGCGUAUGACUCUAGCAGUGCAACUUCGAUCAAGUUGCCCUACGAUGUGAUAUCCCUCCAAAAAAAUAUCGAUGAUUGGACUCAUCAGUCUUUCUCCAGAACAAAUCGAGAGAAAACUGGAGGUUUUGCAGCUACUAAGAACAUCCCGAAUGAUUUCUUCUCCAUACAAUCUCAUACUCUCAUUGAUAGUUCAACACCAAGGACCAAUAUAUUCGAUCAUGCGAUAGCUAGCUCUAAUAAAAAAGAGUCGGUUGUUAAGAAUGAGGAGAUCGAGACUAAUAUGAUUGCUGAUGAAGACACUUCAACCGUCAGGUCUACCACAGUACCUUCUACUACGAGUUCACCUUCUACUACCACGUCUUCUUUACCCUCUGCUAGAAAAUUCCAGCGCAACCUAUGGGAUGAAGCACAGGUGACAGUUUCUCCCUAUACCAAAGAAAAAGUAUAUCUAGUGACUCCACAGUCCUACAGUUUCUACACUACACCGGCAACUGCUUGGAGUAUGGCUCCCAAAGUAGAGAAUGGUAGAGCGAACAAUGCUAUCUUUGAUAGUCAGAGGUUUGCUGUGAGAUUUGAACCGCAGGAUAAGGAUCCCAAGAAAUCUAAACAGAAAGAGUAUCCGAAUAAGACGUUGCUGAAAGUCGUCUAUAGCGAAUGGCCACAUAUAAUCAAUAACCUUCAAACAACCACUGAGAAGCCGACCUCAAGUCACCCUCUUCUUGGUUCUAUGAGUAUACCAGAGUACGUACCACCUCUAAAUUUCUCCGCACUGGAAACGAUAGUGGGUUACUCCAAAGUAUCUACAGUAGCAACAUCUCCAUCUACCCCAAAGAAGCUAGAUGAACCGUCUGAAAGUAGUACUUCUGUAUCUUCCAGCAAUCUAUGAAAAUCUCCGUGUACAUUCUGCAAUGAUCUUGGAAUACAUUAACCAAAAAAGUCCUGUGAUUGUGAAGUAUAAAAAGAAGAAAGUCGAAAUAAUGUUCAACAUUAUAGGUUCUUAUCAUAACCUGGAAUAUUGUGUACCUACAGAUGGUGAAGGCACCAAUAAGCUGAUGAAGUUUUGUGUUUGUGCAUAUAGUUUCUGGACAAAAUCUUUCAGUAUGACUUCAGACUGGUCUACUGUUGAUCAUAUACAAUGCAUAUAGUUUCUGAACAAAAUCAUCCAGUAUGACGUCAGACUGGUCAACUGGUGAUCAUAUACAAUGAGGAGGUAAAAAGUCUUCCCCCUCCUUUAAAAUUCAGACAAAAAGGUACCUCUUUCACUACAACUUGACAUGAAAAUGGUUGUGGGAACGUGACCUAGUGUUAAGUGGGCAUUAUCAACUUUUUUUUUCAAAUAUAAAGUGGGGUCACGUGGUAAUUUGUUUUGAAGGCUUUCCGAUUCUCUAUCCAACACCGCUUCGUUUGUACAAAUCGACCAAGCCGUUUCAAAAUAACAAGCGUUUGAAUCAUAAUAUUAAUGAAUGAAAAACCUGACCGACCCCGCUAGCUUGUUCCGUUCGAAGGUAAAAGGGGGGGGGGAGGACUCUUUACGUCCUCACUGUAUAUGAUAUUUUCAUCGCACUGUCAUUGUGAAUACGCUGACCACUUGUUAUGAUGUUUUGAACAAUGAGACACCGCUAUUCAGAGUUGUUGCAAUAUCCGUCAGAUUUUUUUGUAUGCGCUCUCAGUUUGUUACUGAAUUUCUCAGCUAUUUCAUGCAGCUUUAUUUCGACUACAUCAAUAUGAUAGUAGCAAGACAAAUAAGGAAUAAUAUGUUUUAUUCUUUGUUUCAUUGAACGAAAAUUAUCUCAUGGACUGGCGUUCUUGCUUGGCCGCACAGCCUACCCAUAAUACUACUUCUACUACUACUACUUUCUGGGACACGAAAAAUAGAUUUGUCGAAUCAACACAUAAUGUGUCUGAUAUUUUUUAUUGAAUUGAACAAAUUCUCCUUAAAUUAACUAUCCACAUCAUUAUUUCGGAGGACCAACUUGCUUUAACCAAUGAUAUGUUUCGACGCUGUUAAUAUGAAAUCCAUACACAGAAAACUACGUUCUUUUUGAAGGUUUUGAUAAUGAUCCUAUAACUCGAACAGUUAUGAUAUUAUCAAAACAAUUAGGAGACCGAAAAAUGCCAUAUCAAGAUGAAGCUUUUAACAAGUUUGCUCCAACCUUAACGUAUGCUCACAAUAUAUAUAUAAUAUAUCCAAAAACUAUAUGUCGCUUCAUUUUAUUCAAAUAUAUAGGGUGAUGAAAUACUCAAAAUCAAUGAAAUAUUUUGAUUGAUUACACUAAAUGGCGAUAUUUCCAUCUCGUCUACGCUUCCGUCUCAUUUUUGGAACAUCACCUGGCAUAAUCAGAUGCUGAAAAUUUACUAGUUAUCUUAGUCUUUUUAUUAUAUUUUGGAAACUUUUCAUAAAUUCACAUUAAUCUUUCGAAUCAAUAUACUGAAUUUGGUUCAAGCAAACAAUUCGUCAAAUAUUUCAGUGAAUCAAUAUCUCCAUAUAGUUCAAAUAUGUUACAUUCGAAUUGAAACAUAUUGUCAUGUAUAAUUACUUGGAAAUUGAACAAAAUGACUAUUCUAGCCCAGUCAAUAUCUCUUUCUGAACAAUUCACGGAAUGUUUUGGUCUACUGAGAUCAAGAAACAUCCACUUGAAGCAAACUGAAAUUCGCUUUGGAACAAUUUAUAAGUACUUCUACUUAUUUCAACGUUAUGAUUAUUGUGUUAUGCAUGAAACUGGCAUUUGCUUGAUUGAAAUGUAUCUGCUUAAUGACUUCUUUUUACACGUAACGGUACGAACAAAAUACACAUUUUUGUGUUCGUAAUUGAUCGAUCUUUGAGUAAACGAAAGGAAGAGUCAAUAUUUUUCAUCUAUGUAGAAUUUCAGGCAAGUAGGUAUAGUUAUCAAGACUUCAUUGAAGAAUUCGAGUUAUUGUAGAAAAUCUCGAAUAAUCUGCAAUCUUGUAUGUUAUUUAUGAUAAAAGAAUGAAAGAAGGAUGGAACUCAGUAAUAGAGGCAUCUAUUCUCAUUAUAUUCAAUGGUUAUUUUUUGGUACAUUUCACUAUAUAUUGCAAUGAAUCUUGAACAGAAAUAGGUAAACAAUGUAUAGUAAUCUAUAAAAUAUUAUAUUCAAUUGUUUUUGUAUAAAAAUGUAGGGAAUGAAAAAAUAGAGGGACUUCGCACAUUCUGACUAAUUGGACAAGGAACUCUUAGGCAUCUGUUGAAAUCUUGUAUGUACUUAUGCUGGGUGUUUCCGAAAUUGGAGCAAUAAAUAAAAUGGAUUGUUGUAUGAGACAUAAUGGCACUAUAUAACCAGGCGAUGUCUAACAGUACUUACAGCAGACUUUUUAUAUCAAAAUGUACAAACUUCCGUUUCGUUUCUUGUCGUCUUCUUUCCACUUUUACUGAUAGGUUUAAUUUCAGAAAUAUUAUUCCUAAGACAAACUUUCCAUCCUAGGUAUAUGUAUCCACGAAUCACAGGACUAUUCAAUGAUUUUGUAAAUAAUUCUACUAAUAUAAGAAACAACAUUUUUGUAAAUAUAUUUUAAUUUCUCUAUAAUAUUUUAUUAUGAACUCAAUUCAUUUCGUUCAUAUAUCUGAGUUCUCAACAGAAAUUCAUUCCACUACAAUGAUCAUAGUGGAAACGAAAUGCGAAACUGAGACAAUCUGGUCAUUUACUCGAUUUAUUUAUUGUAUAGCAUAAGUGUUUUUUAUAACUGAAUAAUAAUAAAUAUUCAAAUGAUA